AUGCCUAUCUUCGAUACGAUCCUGAGCGGGUUGCAUUUGCCUGCGACAGUCCAGGAUUUCUUCCAUCCGCACCAUCACACCACGUCUUUCGCUGCAGAUGGAAGCGACGGUCUCGAAUUUCGCGAAUACUACGCUAGUGCCUGCCCGCAUUGCAAACUUAUGGUUUACUUUUAGAUGAAGAAUGACAGACUCUGUAUAUGAAGGAAGCAUCAUCCAUAGAAGUAGUCCACAAGACAAAAACCCCACGCAAACCCUCUCUAACCCCAACCUCGAGGCCCCAUGGAAAGCCGCGGUCGGUCAGUAUUCGGGUCCGGUGAAGUGGACUCAAAUUGAGUGCAAUGAUGAAAACUGGGCACCAGUGCCAGGGAAUGAAGAAAAAUGUGCUGGCAUCCCAGGAUUCCCGACUAUGAAAAUGUUCAAGGUAAUGUUCUGUUUGCUUGCUUUAGUUGUGGACCUUUGUAUUCUAGCUGUAUUGCACAUUGUAGAAGCAGGUUUGUUAUCGAGCUUUGCACAUUGUAAAAGAGAGGGAAGCAGCAUAUCUAUCAUGUUGUAGUGUCCGAUCUUAGCACAAGGAUAAUGAAAGAACAAGCAACUAAUUCUAUCCUCAACACAUAGGGUGGCAAAGAAAUCGAUGAGUAUCAAGGCGACCGUACGAGUGAAGCGCUGCUCAAUUACGUGCGUGGCUUCGAAGCCCAGGCGCCACAGACAGCUUCCGUCCCGAUUGGCGCUACGCUUGGUCUGGCAGCCAUCAACAAAUUCCUCUUUGGCGAGGAGGAAAAGAAGAAAAAAGAGAGCUUUUUUUAAAAGUGAACUUGGACCCUACUUGAACUUGAAAAUCAUUAGGGUGUGUAAGAAAAUUGUAUAUUCAUUGCCGGUGAUGUUAUGAAGCUGUUGUGAUAAGAAUAUGUUCUUGUACAUGAGCUUGGAAGUGAUUUCAAGAUCGACAUUGAGAUCUGUCUUGCUGCACCAACCAGAACUAUUUUUUGUACUUAAUUCAAGACCUUCUCUGAAGAAUGAAUGGAUAGAUGCAGAACUACAAAGAAACGCUACUACAGAAAAUUGAGUCAGCCGAAAGUCUGGCACUGACCAGUCUCACGUACUAGGUAAACAACGAUGUAAAAAUUGGAUAAGGUCUUAACAGAUACCUGGUUCCCUCUGCCUCCCUAAUUCAUUGAAGUAAAAACAGAGAUGAAAAUCCUAAACAUAUAUAUUAGAACAGAGCAGUCUAGAACGGAGGAUUUAAUUCUCCCUAGCGCUACGACCUAAGAAAGAAGGUCGUCCCCUCAGUUCUUUUCUAGCCGGACUCAUCUUUGUUAAAGCGAAGCUUAAAUUUUGAAUGAUUUCUCAAGCAGUUAGUUGUUACCAGAGUAACUAUGAACCCUCAAUCCAAAUUCCUAGGCACCAGAAUAUCUAGGAACAUGUUUCGAUUGUCCCACGAAGCUGUCAAGAUAUUCCAAGAAAAUCACGCGUAGAUGAAAAGUCCAUUCAAAAUCACCUGUUGCAGAGCGCGAGACAACUCACGCAGAGCGUGGUUGAUUGGCAGUUUCUUGCGAUGGUCUCGUGGCUCCUUCUGUCCAAAUCAAGAAACAGUGAUAGUCGGUUUUCCGAUUGAAUUACGGAUACUAACAAGUCGGUGACAUUCUGAGAGUGAAAGUGGCAAAAACCUCUGUUAUUGCGCUCUUGUCAUUUUUUUUUGGAGAGG